UCCUCUGCAACGACAGUCUCUCUCACAUCCAGCACAAGCUUUUCCCUCUGUUUGCCCAGUACAGAGGCAUCCAGCAUCGCUCCACUGAUUAAUUCAUCAUUAAUUGAUAUAAAACAUAAUGAUGCAAUAAUGUGCGUGAAUAGUUUUGUGAAUUCAGUGGUGAAUGAAUCAAAAUCAAUAUUGCACUAAUUUUAUCGCUGUUUUAUUGGAUUUACUGUUGGGUAUUGGGGUACCAGGUGGGAGAAGGAAUUUGUGUUGAAAUCGUGUCGGUGGGCUGCGCAAGAGCGCUGGAGUGAUAGUCUAGUGAUUUCAUUAUUUGUAUUUAUUUUAAAUAAUUUAAUAAGAAAGAUGCCGUGCUCAGCAGUGACGCUGUCUCUGGCAACCAUAACCGGCAUCAUCGCCACCGCACUUCUUUCUAUUGCCUUUGGUACGGAUAACUGGCUCUAUACCGAGGUCAAGCGUGCCCAAAUACAGCAAUAUGCCUCAAAAAAUCCUGACCAGAGUCACGUCGUGGAGCAGAUGAAUAUGAAGUACUUCUACUACACGAGGACUCAAGGCCUCUUCAGGAUAUGUUACCCCAAGGAGCGUCCACCAACUGUGCAAACUUAUCUCAGCCCUGUUGAAACUCAUUGCAUGAACAUUGACUAUUUCAUUCCUGAUGAGGACAAUGAGACGAGGGGAUUCUCGGAGGAUGCUAUGACAAGACUGCACAUGGGAAGAUCGAUGAUUGCUCUCUUCAUGGUGGCAUUCCUGGCAAUAUUCUCAGCCUUCUGGACAGGGAUCGUGGGCUGCUGGCGGAGAUCCCCUGGAAAUAUCACGGCGACAGCAAUCCUCAUGCUCUUCGCCUGUCUUUUGAGUGCCUGUGGUAUGGGACUCUGGCACGGUGUUGAGUACUAUGAGAAAGAGAAGAUUGUUGGUGAGGAGUAUUAUCAACAAUGGAGCAAUAUCCUCAAGGAAAGCUCGAUAAUCUCGUACGACUGGUCGUACGUGGUUGCUUGGGUCGGCGUCGGUUGGUCGCUAGUCAGUGCAAUACUGUUUAGCGCUGCGGCGAUUUGCUUGAGGGGAGAGAGAAUGCGCGACGAGGCGAUGAACAUGCAGUACCUCAUGCCUGUUUACCCACAGAAGCAACAGUACGCUUACGCCGGAUACCCCGCACCGGCAGCAUAUCCAGGCCCUUACUAUCACGGCUCGCAAUACGGGCCAUACAAUUAUUGAAGUGAAAACCUAAGCUCAAUGAGGAACAAUUUUGCAAUACUAAUCAUGGGAGAAAAUAAACCUAGAACGACCUCGGUGAUGAUCUUGUCCCAGGAUAACUAUGAAAGGACAGCUAGUUUAGAUGAGAAGAUAAAUGAAAAAGAAGCAUAACUUUCGCAAUCGACGAGGGAGACUUGAACUGAAAAAAAUAUCAUAAAAAUAGGGAGUGGAAAGGAAGGUUGACACACCUCAACAACAACGAGUUAAAUAAACAACAAUUUUUUUAUAUAUUUCUAGGUAUAUUCAUAAGAGCGAGAAGUUUCUUGAUGUUAUUGAUAUAUUUAUAAUGCUCCUAGUAGAUAAAUAGUGGAAAUUAUUUGGUUCAUGUCUCUGGCGCGCCUCAGGAUGAUUUAUCCACAUUUUAAAUUAAAUCCUCCAUUUGAGGAGGAAUUCAUAGAAAAUUCUGUAGAAUUCGCUAGAAAUAUAACAACACUCUUAUUUUUAAAUAAAAGUUUCUAUCUGACAUUUUUACACUCACUGAAUUUCCAACAGAAAUUCAAUGGAAUUACCUAUGGAAUUCACUAGGUUUUUCUAUGAAAUUUCGUUGUAUGUGUCGAUUCAAUAAUUGGCGGUCAAGUGAUUAUUCAUAUAAUCACUAAUUGAUCAAUUAAUUAACCUUAAUGAGACUCGCAUUGCUCAAAAACACGUGGUUUCAUUGUGGUAGUUGUCGAGAAAUUUUGUCACGUGUUAUGUAAUCGUUGUCAUAUUUUGUUCUGACUAUUUACUGUUUAAAUUUGACAUAGGAAAUAUAAUUAGGGUGCCAGAGUUCCAACUUACUCAUUACUUUGGAAAUUGCACGAUUUAGAUAAUGAUUAUCAUAACAUUAGGAUAGUUCCAGGAUUGAUUUGUACUCGUUUUUUGAAUUACAAGGUGAGCGUUUCGGGUGAUUUAUUUUGUGGUUGGAGCUGGAGGCUACGGUGACAAUGUGUAUAGAGAAAUUAUCUUGAGAAUAAAAUUAUGAAAACUAAA